UAGAUGAGGUGCAGUCAACUUCGCCUGAUGACUUGUGUUUGACAGCGACGCUCUGCUGUAGAAAGGGUGAAGAAGAAAGACAAUGGAAAUCUUCAAAGUGGACUAGUUCCUCCUUCUCUUCUGAAGUGCGUUGGGGAUAGCCAAACCUCCUCCAGCCACCAUGAACCACUCUAACGAGUCGACCCCACUGUGCUUUUCCAUCAACAGUCCCCCCUUCAACUACACCCACACCAUUGCUUCCGCCUACUUCUCAUCAGUGUUUAGUGCACUGGGCCUCACCUUCAACCUCAUCGCCUUUGUGGUCCUCCUGAAGUCCUUCCCACGCACGCAAAGCCAGUCGCGCUCCUCCUUCCUCAUCUUCCUCUGCGGCCUGGUGUUUACCGACUUCAUGGGCCUCCUGGUCACCGGCUCCAUCGUGGUCUCCUUCCACUUCACCCAGUUCAACUGGCGCCGCCUGGACCCGCACUGCCACUUCUGCAACUUCAUGGGCAUGUCUAUGGUCUUCUACGGCCUGUGCCCGCUGCUGCUGGGGGCCACCAUGGCCAUGGAGCGUUUCGUGGGCAUCAAUCGGCCGUUCGCCCGCUCGACCAGCAUGAUGACCAAGUCGCGGGCAGUGUCCAUAGUGCUGAUGGUAUGGGCAGGGGCGGGGUGCAUCUCACUGCUGCCCCUGGUUGGCGUGGGGAGCUACCACAUGCAGAUACCGGGCUCCUGGUGCUUCUUUAAAAUUAGCUCCGAGGCAAGCGACAUGGCCUUUUGCCUGCUUUUCUCGCUGGUGGGGCUGCUGUCCAUCGCCGUGUCCUUCCUGCUCAAUACAAUAAGCGUGGUGACCCUGGUCAAGGUGUGCUGCAGCCAGGACGCUAGGCAGCGGCGCCGGGACUACGAGGUGGAGAUGAUGGUGCAGCUCAUCUGGAUCAUGAUGAUCGCUUCCAUCUGCUGGUGCCCCCUGCUGAAUAUUGACUCACAGAAUGGAAACAGCAGCCAACCGAGACAUCUCCCAGAUGGUCGGCGAACAGGGAUGCCUACUUCACCAACACCACGAUCAGCUGGCGCAUCUGGGAAUGGAGUUCUUCAACGUCUAGAUCUUCCCCAAGGGAGUCACCCCCAACGAGCGGAGGAUCCUCUACCAUGCUCCCUCUAUUUUGCUCAUCAAACGGGAGCCCCCAACACUGAGCGCCUACUCCAACCACGGCAGGAGGACCAGACUGCUGCGGAGUACGCCCUCACCUUUAAUACUGUGGCAGCAUCCAGCGGAUGGAAUGAGCUGGUGCUCCGCACCUUAUUCAGCAGAGGAUUGAGUGAGGAGGUCCAGACAGAGCUGGCAUGCCGAGAUGACACUCUCUCAUUGGACGCACUCAUCGCGAUGGCCAUCCGUCUGGAUAACCUCCUUCGGGAGCUUCAAGCACUGGAUAACCAACUACCGGGAUCUGGCACAGUCACACACAUCACAGCACUACUCACCAUCACCGUGGGAGCCCAGCACCAAGAAAGCAUCACCUUCCUCAUUAUCCAGGCACCCGCAUUUGUGAACGAGGUGUUUUGGGACAUGCUUGGGCACCAGGUGGUCGUGUAUAUCGAUGACAUCCUGAUCUACUCGGCCACCUUGGAAGGUGGUCCUCAAAAGUUGGCGUGGAAUCCUGCAGCUGAUGAGACCUUCCGCCUGCCGAAGGGGCAUUUCACCUCCGCCCCAUUGCUGAAACACCCAGACCCUACACUGCCCUUCAUUGUGGAGGUGAACGCCUCAGAAGUGGGCGUGGGGGCCGUCCUGUCACAACAUCAAGAGAAAAACUAUGGCGUCGGUGAUCGGGAGCUCCUGGCGGUGAAGUUGGCAUUAGAGGAGUGGCGACACUGGCUGGAGAGCGCCACAGACCCGUUUCUCAUCCUCACCGACCAUCGGAACUUGGUGUUUAUUACAAAGACUGUGUUUUCGGGGAGCCCACUCCGGAUCCACUACCUGCUGCUCUUCAUUCGCUUCGCCACCUGGAACCAAAUCCUGGACCCUUGGGUGUACAUCCUGUUUCGCCGCGCUGUCCUCAAGCGCCUCUACCCCCGCUGGGACUGGUCCCGGGGCUCCAUAAGGACCCUGUACCCCUCCUUCGUUGGUACCGUCUGCCGGCUCACCCGUGCCUCCGUGGGCAGCGACCCGCUAGGGGGCGUGUCGGUCAAAGAGGAAGGCAAACCCCAGUCAUUUAACAUGAAGGCUCCACCUUCACCGCCUUGACUGGUGCAUUGGUGUUCAUCCUCGUCGGUGAAGUUGUUAUUUCAGAAUCAAAAAUACCUUUAUUUUACUUGGUGAUAUGGUGCUGUUAGUGAUAGACAACAUUUAGAAACAGAAUACAGACAACGGAGUUUAAAAAUAGUUGACAUACACUACCGGUCAAAAGUUUUUGAACCCCUACUCAUUCAAGGG